UAAAGACACUUCUUGUACAGAUUCAUUAUCUAUAUAAGUCGAUCACCUCCAUGCUCCAUCUCUAGAGUGCUCUAACUUCAGUUAUCCUUGUAAGUUUGAGUGCGCCAGGUAUAAACAACAAAAAAAUAGAGUAGAACAAUGGCCAUCAAGAGCACUCUACCACUCUAUGAAAGGGUUCAUCUCAAAAACAGUAUACCACGAGCAGUGGAGCUCCUGAUCCUCUCUCUUCUCAUCUCUCUCCUUGCGUAUCAUCUCAUUUCUCUAAAACAACAUGGAAUCCCUACCCUGCUUGCUUUCCUAUGCGAGUCCUGCUUUGCAUUUUGUUGGAUUCUUGUUAUCAACUGCAAAUGGAAUCAAGUCAAAUACAUACCAUACACAGAUCGACUCUCAAAAGUGGUAUCUGAGCUUCCAGCGGUAGACAUAUUUGUGACCACUGCUGAUGCUGAACUAGAACCGCCUAUACUGACAAUGAACACUGUGUUAUCAUUGUUGGCAGUUGAUUAUCCACCUCAGAAAUUGUCUUGUUACUUGUCUGACGAUGGUGCAUCUCCUCUCACAUAUUACUCUCUGGUUGAAACCUCCAAAUUUGCUAGAAUUUGGGUUCCUUUCUGUAAGAAAUAUGAGAUUAGUAUCAGAGCUCCUUUUCGAUAUUUUAGUAGCUGCUCAAAACCAUCUGAAGACAAUCCCUUCGAAUUUCGACAAGAAUGGAAAACAGUGAAGGAUAAGUACGACAUGCUAUGUCAAAAGAUUGAAGCUGCGUCACAAACUAAUGUCCCUUCCGAAGUUUUCUCAAAGGUGGACAAAAAGAAUCACCCCUCCAUAUUAAAGGUAAUGAUUGAAGAAGAGGAAGGUCUGCCCAACCUAGUCUACAUCUCAAGAGAGAAGCGUCCAAAGCAUCCACAUCAUUUCAAAGCUGGUGCUAUGAAUGUUCUGACAAGAGUAUCAGGAUUGAUGACAAAUGCACCUUUCAUUCUGAACGUGGACUGUGAUAUGCAUGUGAAUGAUCCACAAGUUAUUCUCCGUGCAAUGUGCAUAUUUUUUGGUGUAGAAAAUGAAAAGGAUUGUGCCUUUGUUCAGUUCCCACAGCAGUUUUACGACGGCUUAAAUGAUGAUCCUUUUGGAAACCAAAUGGUCGUCCUGUUUAAGUAUAUGGCGCAAGGACUAGCGGGAAUUCAAGGACCUUUCUAUGGAGGAACAAAUUGUUUUCACAGAAGAAAAGUUAUUUAUGGACUAUUGCCCUUUCACAAAGCUACCGCCGGAAAACUUACUGAUGAGGACUUGGAAAAAAGGUUUGGGAAAUCAAAUAAAUUGAAGGAAUCGGCUGAGCAAAUUUUAUCAGCAUCCCCACAUAGUCAGAGGCAGGGCGGACUUUCCAGCUCUGUGGAAGCUGCAAAACUAGUUGCUGGUUGUGCCUAUGAACACGAUACCUGCUGGGGAACAGAGGUUGGAUGGAAAUAUGGAUCUGCAACUGAAGAUAUCCUCACUGGACUUGGAAUCCAAGAAAAAGGAUGGAGAUCUAUAUAUUGUACACCUGACUCGCCAGCUUUUUUGGGAUGUGCUCCAUCAUGUGGACCUUCCACAAUGAUCCAAACUAAGAGAUGGGCCACUGGGCUUCUCGAAAUUCUAUUUAGCUCUAGAAGUCCAAUUAUCUCGACCAUCAACGGGAAUCUCCAGUUCAGGCAAUGCCUAGCCUACAUGUGGGUCUUAAUUUGGGGUUUACGCUCCAUUCCUGAGUUGGUCUAUUCUCUUCUGCCUGCCUAUUGCAUCAUUACCCACUCGCACUUCUUGCCCAAGGUGAACGAGCCAGCUAUUCUUAUCCCUGUCACAAUUUGUGUGACUUAUAAUCUAUACACGCUAUCAGAGUACCUCAGAAUUGGGUUAUCUACUCGUGCAUGGUGGAACAACCAACGAAUGGCAAGAACAAAUUGCACUUCAUCAUGGCUAUUUGCCUGUUUCAGCAUUUUUCUAAAGCUCAUAGGUUUGUCUCAAACAGCUUUUGAAGUAACGCAAAAGAACCAAUCCCAAGACGAUGAUGGGGAUGACCAGAAGAAUAAAAAUUAUGGAAAAUUCACAUUUAAUGAGUCUCCCAUAUUCAUACCGGGUACCACUAUUUUGCUAGUUAACUUGACAGCUUUGGCGGUCGGAGUGGUAGAUUUUCGACAUACCAGUUAUGAUGAGAGUGACGUGGGGGUAGGAGAAAUAAUAUGUUGUUUAUGGGUAGUUUUAUAUUUUUCUAUAUUUUUAAAAGGGCUGUUCGGGAAAGGGAAAUAUGGGCUUCCAUCUACAACUAUCUUCAAGUCCGGAGUAAUGGCAUUAUGUUUCAUGCACUUCUGCAAAUGGUCUGUAAAGACUUGAGGUCUAAAGAAAAAUCUGCUGUUUAUCAAAUUAGUCUGAUUAUUUGUUUGGGAAAAUAAAUUGAAGGAACGAGAGUAUGAUCGUCCCUGCAAACCUGCAAUGGCCUUGGACAGUUGAUAUAGUUUUGCAGUUUAACGCAACUGCAAUUGAAAUUAUGCAGUGUGCUUUGUUUAGUAAACAGAAGCCUAGAGUUUCAACCUUAUCUGUAAUAUGCAUUUCUGUUUUUUUAAAAUCAA